UUCAGCAGAGCACAAAGGACGCGCGCGGCGUUGAGAGGAAGGAAGCGGUUCCCGGAGAAGAGGAGAGGCGAUCUGCAUCCGCGAGCUGCACGACCCUGAGCGAGGAACAUGGCGCGAGUAUGGAUGGCGCUGGGCUUGCUGCCUCUAGCGAGAGCGUUCGUGGCCCCGGCUGCCGGCUUGCAAGGGGCUGCCCUUUCUUCAAGCAGACAAGAUUCUCGUGCAGUUAGUGGAGGGGCUGCCAAGUCUUCCACUACCGAGGCGCCCAGUCUUGGCUGGGAUACCCACAAGGCGGUGGAAGAGGUGCCGCAGUCACUGGUGCGAGAGCUGGAGGGCAACGAGUCGAUGAGGUCCAAGUUCGAGGCCUUGUGCCGCAGGGCUCAGAACGACAUCUGCAAAAGGAUUGAGGAGCUUGACGGGGAAGGGAAGUUCCAGGAGGACGCUUGGGUGAGACCGAACGGCGGAGGAGGCAUCAGCCGGGUCUUGGCUGGGGGAAAGGUGUUCGAGAAGGCGGGGGUUAACCUCUCCGUCGUUUACGGGACCAUGCCACAGGAGGCACUGAGGGCGGCGACGGAGCGCGGCGUGGAUCGCGCGAAGGGAAUGGCGGAGGGGGAGAGAGUGCCUUUCUUCGCAUGCGGGCUGUCUUCCGUAAUGCACCCAAAGAACCCCAUGUGCCCGACGAUGCACUUCAACUACCGGUACUUCGAGACCGACGGAGGCGUUUGGUGGUUCGGGGGAGGGACCGACAUCACCCCGGCCUACCUCAAUGAGGACGACAUGGCACACUUCCACGGCACCUACAAGAAGGUGUGCGACAAGCACGACCCGGACUACUACGCCAAGUUCAAGAAGUGGGCGGAUGAGUACUUCGUGAUCAAGCACCGGGGCGAGACUCGCGGACUUGGCGGGAUCUUCUUCGACGACCAGAACGACAAAGAGCCGGAUGCCCACAUGGCUUUCUCUGAGGACUGCCUGAAGGCAGUGCUAGACGCCUACCCCCCCAUCGUGGACAAGCACAAGGACGACGAGUUUACGGAGCAGCAGAAGCAGUGGCAGCUCAUGCGGAGGGGAAGGUACGUCGAGUUCAACUUGGUGUACGACAGGGGGACCGUGUUCGGCCUCAAGACGGGCGGCCGCAUUGAGUCCAUCCUCAUGUCUCUGCCUGAGACGGCGAGGUGGGAGUACGACCAUCAGCCGGAGGAAGGAAGCAGGGAGGCUGAGAUCAUGGAGGUGUUCAAGACGCCGAGGGAGUGGGUAUAGGCUACUGCUCAUGUAGGCACGAACGCCACCAUAGCACGGGUGCACGCCCGAAGUGCGUUUCGGGCCGUUCGUUGCAAUGUUACUUCUGCUGUGCGGUGAUCUUGCCGUGUGCCUUUUUGUCUCUUUUGAAGUGACCGAGGGAGGCUUGGACUAAUUACUGCUGCUGCUUAGUCCUUCGGCGAUGUGAGUGGGGGGUUGCAGGCCUGAAAGCUGCGGCGGCUAUCAUGCCGUCUCAAGGCUCCACAAGCAUGUGAGCGCGCCAAUCGAGAAAGUUUUGCCAUCAUUGUUUGGGAGUGGGGCGCAGCGUUUCAUUCAUGCAUCAGAUAUCUCGUUUUGGUUGCACACGCGUCCACGUUGGUUUUCGUGGACGGCCGAUUUUUGUGAGCAGCAGUCUUGGUCGAUGAUUGACAGCUAAAUAUAUAGUCGCGUUCGUCUGAUACUUCGGUCUCAUAAAGUCCAAGGGGUGAAGCGGGAAACAUUUGUGGUGUGCCCAAGGUGGAAUAUUUGUGCUACAAUGAUUGCGUUUAGUCCGCAUUUCUCGCCUUCUUCGGUUUUCUCUGGUAGUUGUAGAGGCGCUUCUAGGCGGUUCCACACGGGCUGAGGGAAGACUUGGUGUAAACCGUCCGCCAUUAAUCGUAGAAAUGCCGGCGUGUGCUCGUCUCUGUGGCCUCUGAUCGGAGUACAAUGAGGUUGCACGAACGAGAUCAUGGUGAAGAUAUCGAAGGUGUCGUCUCCAUGCCAAAGUGAAGAAGUAUUCAGUUGGAUUGGGAUUGAACUGACCGUCUUAGUUCUCAAUUGGAACCAUUAACAUGGUGCUGGCUGCAACUUGCCGCUUGGGUCAGCUUAACGCCGCAUCGUACCAGGCGUGUUUUCUUGGCUGAACGUGGCGAACGUAACUGGCGGACGUCAACGUACGGACCUCGAUGAUUGUUCGUCCUGUAUGCUCCAUACAGUGCCACCGAGGGUCCCACAUUUUUGGGGCGGGGUGAUAUUUUGAAGGGUUGUAAAAAAAAUUGGGCGACAAACAAGUAUGCGUUGGAAAGCUCUAGCCAGCAGCUUUCGAAUAUGCCUUUCAAAAUGGGUCGCAACGCUUUGGAUCAAAUGUCGUGGACCUAUUACCAUCGCCACCGAAGGUACUCCACCCCACUCAAACCUGCUUAUCUCGACAACCACGCGGUUGCGACCGAAAAAAGUUGCAGAUAAUUG